CCUGGGGAAUAUUCCCAUUUUGCCACAGCUGAAGAAGAAGCAAUCAGGAGGAAUUACUCCAGGAGAAACUACUGACAUACUAUUGGAAAGAUGGAGUUUGAGGAAGAACCCUGCAGAAUGAGAAAUGAAGAUCCAGAGGAACAAACAGACUCAAUGGAAGACAAACAACAUCAGUUUCAAAAAACCCAUAAUUUCACAAAUGAAGACGGAAACAUUGUUUCACAGACUGAAAUGAACUUCACAUCAAAAAGGGCUCGCAAGGCAGCUGGAAAAGGUUCUCUCGCCUGCACCGAGUGUGGAAGAAGUUUCAAUAAUAGAUCCAAUCUUAUGAGACACAUGCGAUUUCAUGCUGGAGAAAAGCCAUUCGCAUGCACCCAGUGUGGAAAGAGUUUCGUUCUGAAAGGAGGAUUGAAUCGACACCUGCAAGUUCACACUGGAGAAAAACCAUUCACAUGCACUCAAUGCGGAAAAGGUUUCACAUCCAAAAGCAAUCUGAGGGAUCAUCUGCGUGCUCACGCUGGAGUGAGAUCGUUCAGCUGUGAUCAGUGUGAAAAAACCUAUGUUUUUGAAACCAACUUAAAAGAGCAUCUUAAAAUACACACUGGUGUGAAGCCUUACACUUGCAGUUUUUGUGGAAAGAGGUUUUCCGUAGUGAAAAGCUUACAGUAUCACCAGAGUAUUCAUACUGGAGUGAGACCGUAUCUGUGCUUUGACUGCGGGAAGACCUUCAGUUCGCCAGGCAACUUAAAAACACACCAGAGGAUUCACACUGGAGAGAAACCAUACAAGUGCUCACACUGUGGAAAGAGUUUCUCUCAUUCACCAACCUUGAGAGAUCAUGAGAGAAUUCACACUGGAGAAAAGCCGUAUCAGUGCUCCUCGUGCGGACAGAGUUUCGCUCGCUCCUCUAAUCUACUGAUUCAUAAGAAAAAGCGUUGUCUGAGUGAGCAAAAGAUUUUGUGAAACAGUUGCAAGAUCAGUCCAUUAAAGCUCUGUUAAUGUUCAUGUGUUGUUCAAUGGUGUUAGAAACUCGUGCACUGAGGGUGAAAAUGUUAAAAUCAUUCAGUUUUGGCUUGGGGUAGUUAUGGUUAAAUAGGUUUAUUCAUAGUGAAACCAUUUAUUAUUUAUAAUGUUGUGUGAUGUACUGAUUUGAGAAAUAAAAAGGAAGAAAACUCAA